CCCUUAACAACCGUGCAUUUAAAACGGUAGACUACACUCUAUUUACUAUUUGAAUUUGUGCUAAAUUGUCAGAUUUAUUUACGAUAAGUCGUAAUAUCUUUAUUUUGUUCUCGUGUGUAUGCAGUAUGGAAGCUUGCGCGUAAGUUCGGAUGGCCGAAUACCAUAGAGAGAUAUAUAUAUAUAUAGGCCAUAGAGAUGUAUACUAAUAAUACAUCUCUUUGAUAUAGGCCUAGUAAUAUAUGAGUCUAUGCCGAAUACCAACCCCGGCCCUACUGGUAACGGGCACCUCUACGGUACCAUACCGUAUAAUCGCGCAUGCGUAUUUUUCGCCACGUGGUGUAAUGCAACAUGGCGACUUCUCCAAACAGGUGCUGUGCUUUUUCUGUCACCGACAGUUAUUUUGCCACUUCUAGUGCAGAUGGCAGACUUUCCAUUUGGGAUUCUAAAACAGGAGAGGUUAAGCAACAUUACACCCCAAGUUCCCAUCUAUCAUCGUCAUGUACCUGCUUGGCAUGGCAGCGAAAAUUACGUCGAUCCGAGGAAAAUCGAAAGAGAAAGAAAAGGAGAUCUGCUCAGGCAGACAUUGAAUCAACAAAUUCUGAGGCCAUUUCACCCACCAACCUUCUUGCUUUAGGGACAGUAGCUGGAAGCGUUCUUCUCUACAGUGUCUUAAAAGGGGACUUGCAUUCCAGACUGGAUGGAGGUCAUGAUGAUACAGUCAAUGAUGUAUGCUGGCAUUCUAGUGAUAAUACUUUAUACAGCUGUUCAGAAGACAGGUACAUUGUGGAAUGGGAUAUCACAAAUAGGACUGUCAGAAGUAAGUGGAAAGGAGACAAAACAUCUGUGUAUUCAAUAUGUGUUUGUCCGGGAGGAACUACAAUGCUAAGUGCAGGUAGAGCAAUCCAACUCUGGAAUCUUCACACCAAAGCUGUCUUAAAAAAAUUCACUGGUCAUGCCAGCCCUGUGACUAGACUGAGGGUGGUACCCACAUUUUCACCAGAUUCUGAGAAAGAUGAUCCUCUGGACUCGGUUGAAGGACUCUAUUUCAUGUCAUCAGCUGUUAGUGAUAGAAUUGUGAAUGUCUGGCAAAUUAAAUCAGGCAGUAAGGACAAGGCUCCUCUUGCCUCAUUUGCUGUUCCAGAUGAGCCCAGUGAUUUUGAUGUCUGUGUGUCUUCAGAUUCGGAGGUGUACACUUCUGUAGUCUGUCAAUCAGGACAAGUCCACAUAUUCCAGACUGUACUUAAUGGAAGGGCAAGAAAACCAUUUCAAGCAAGACAUGUGGUCAACGUGACAACAGAGGGAAGCAAACUUUCUCCUGCAAGGCCUAUUCCAAUCUUGACAUCACAACUUCAUUUAGUUGAAAGUCAACCACAACUCAAGAUUGCCUAUGGUGUCAAUCUCAAGCCAGCUUUUGAAUCAUUAAGUUUAGAUUCCAAAGAGAAAGAGUUCUGUUUAAUACGAGAUGACCACUUACAUGCAGAUAAGAGAAGAGAUGAAGCUGGAGACAGAGUGAAAAGACCAAUAACAUCAGGUGAUGUGACAGUAUUGGGUCCAAACAACAUGGCACCUAGCCGACCAAUUCAGGGACUUGAAGAACCGUCAAAAUCAGCAAGGAAGAAGGCUAAAAGGAAAUCUCUUAGAACAGAGCUAAGUAUGGAAGACAGAUUGAAUGCCCUUAGUAUUGCUCAAGCUAGACCAGACAUUGAUAAAAGUCAACCUCCACGUGCUGAUGUCAUGGUUACAUUACUAUCACAAGGACUUCAGAGUCAGGACAGGGAACUACUAGAUCGAGUACUGAAGCAGGACAGAGCUAAAGUAGUUGCCAACACGAUAAAGAGACUACCAGUACCUCUCAUUGUACCCCUUGUUCAAGAGCUAGCCAGAAGAAUGAACACUGCUCCGCAAAGCGGUUUGGUAAUUGCCCACUGGACAAAAGAAGUUUUACGAGAGAGGGCGUCCUAUCUCAUGACCUGUCCUGAACUAAUGCUGAGAUUAAGUCAUAUUUAUGAGACCAUUAAUACAAGAACAAGCAAUGGUGGCAAACUUGGUAGGCUACAUGGCAAAUUGGACCUCAUGUUGGCUCAGAUAUCAUCACAAGACGACACUGCAGAGGCCAGCCAUACAGAUCAAGCACUGAUGCUCUAUGAAGAUGAAUCUUCAGAUGAGUUAGACCUUAUGGAGGAUGGACUUGCUAUCCACUCAGAAUCAGAGGGUGAAUGGGAUGAGCUUUCAGAAUCCUCAGAAAUGGAAGUACAGCAAGACGAUCAGGUAGAUGAUUCGGAUAGUGAAGAGGAUGAAGAGGAAGUUGAUGACGAUGACGAAACAUGAAAGUGCCCUCUCUUGGAUGGAGUGUAAUUUUUUAUUUGAACAAAUAUAUUGAGAAAAUAUAUAUGACUACUCAAUUCAAGAAAAGUCAAAGAGAUUUGUUUUUAUCUUUGCCAAUCAAUGCAUUGUAACAUACAGACAGUAGGAGUAUUGCACCAUACAUGAUUUUCAUAUAUCAAGGCAUUUGUAAUCAGCAUUGUUGCUUAAUGGACUCACAUGUAAUUUGAAUGGCUCACAUACUAUCAGUACUGGAAUCUGUAUCCCAUGUAAAGGAAGGUUCAUUCAUACAUGAAGUAAUCCAACACUCUUUUUUUUAAGUGUAGAAAAUAAAGCUUUAUGCAUAAAUUGCUUUGCUUUUGCUGUAUGAAAGAAAAAAAAUAUGUGAAACUGAUUCAAAGAGAGGGAAAUUCCUCUCUUUUGGUGAUCAUACUGAAACAAUGCUGUCUAGUUCAGACUCUGUGUUAGUAAUUCAUGUUUGGUUGAUAAAUAUGUCUGCUGAGAUAGGGGCUUGACAUAAAGCAGUGAAAAAGAAAAUGAACACAAUCUCAACAAUGUUAUUGAUAUCACAGAGUUCUUAUAUUGCAGGUUAAUACUAAUAAUGAUCUGUUAUAGAGAUAAGUUAUUAUUUUAUCAGAAUUUCAUUUUUUUUUUUUUUUUGGGGGGGGGGGACAACUUACAGCAUUAACAUUUUAGAGCGACAAUUUCAGUAAGUGCAUCUGAUAUGUGUUAUAAAAACCCCUUACCCUGACACACACACGCACAUGCAUGCGAUAACACCUUCUUUUUCUAUCGGAACUUGGAUAUUGUAUAUAUUUCCAGAGGUUUAUUACACAAAAUAUUUUUGUCUUCCUGUAGGUAUUCUGCCAAAUUUAUGAAUCUUUCAAUUAUGUUUUGCUAUUUUUUUUUUUGGAAAGUUCAUAUGGGAAAGUAUAAAUGUUUCACCAAUUCAAUUUUCAUUCUCUUAUUUCUUUCACCUAAAAGUAAAAUAAUGUAAGGUUUACUUUUUAUUACUAUACAAUGAACUUUUAAUGUGAAAUAUUCCAUAAAUGCAGUUAUCCAGUGUUGCCAUCAUCUCAUGCAUAUUGAUGUAGUUUGUUUCACAAAGCUCUUUGUAAGUUACAAAUGACUGGUGGUGACCUUUUUGGUAAGUGAUAUACACCAUAUUUUCAUAGGUGUUGAUUUAGUUCAUAAAAAAGGGUCACUAGUGGUUCGCAAAGUCGCUUGUAACUUACGAACAGCUUUAUGAAACAUCCACCAGGUUUCAUAUUAAUUUCUUUGUUUUACCAGGAUGUGAAGCAUUCCCUUGCUCUUUCGUUUUCGAUAAAUAAAAGGCAUGUAUUAUUGAUGGUGAUGAUUAGCCACAAAAUACUCAAUGGUUUUGGUCAGUUUGCCCAUUUGCCCAUUCCAAUGGUCAUCAUUUGGUACUACCACCUCCACAAGCAUAAUAGGAAUAUGAGGCCAUUUCUCUUAACUACCAAUGGGCAGUUAAAACAAAACCCCAACAAAUCAACAUUCUUUGACAUACAUAUCUUACACUACCAAAAGAAUGACAUGAUACUAGCUUGAAGUUGGAGGCAAAAAUAAUUUACAGAACAUGACAUUUUAAUAAAUACAACAUGCUUCAAGGUAAUCGAACCUCAAUCCUUGGCCUGAAUAUUGUAGAUAGAGUCAUAGGUAUUUAUAUACUUUGGAUAUCAAGUAAAUUUGAAGAAUGUACUUCAAUAAGAUUUUUUUUAAAAGUUAUAUGGUACAGUGUGAAUUGAAUUGUUUAACAGGAGUGAAUGUAAGAUCUAUUAUGUCCACAGUUGAUUGAGCAGAUCAAUCAAAGGGGCGUAAUUACAUUACCUUGAUACAUGUUCUGUUUUGUAAAAUGGUAUGUUCUAUUAAAUGUUUUUCUCAUCAAAUAUGUUACAAUGCCCUCCCUCUUUCUUGACCUAAGUUGCCAAAUGAAGCACAUGGGGGUGGGUCAUAAUCUCUGCAGAAGUGUUAAUGGUUAUUAGAGAUGUGAUUUGUGAGAUUGCUUGAAUUUCAUUUAUACACUUGGAUCUAAUAUAAACUGAAAAAAAGGAAAAGGAAUAUUUUGGAGAGAAUAUAAUGCAAUGAAAUCGGAAAGUGUUAAAAGAUAGAAAGGGAGAGAGAAGAAGCUCAGAUUUCUAGUCAAAAUAUUUGUUUUCCUCAUUAAAUGGGUAUGUUGAUUUGAUACAUGUUUGAUUUAUACAGGUGCAACUUCGAUAUCAAGUAAUUUUAUACAAGUAACUUCAGCAAUAUUCAUUUAUACAUUUCCACCAAAAAGAAAAAUUGAAGGAAACAAAUUCAGUUAGCUUGAAUGUGCCAAUAUGAAUAAAGUAAAUUUACUUUCAUUUUUGUGUUUGGACUAAAAGUUCAGGAGAUGAUUAGUCAAGUUGAGUAUAGCACUAAAUCUGCAUAUGUGAAGACUACGGGUUCGCGUUGCAAAAAAAGCCAAUUACAAAGAGAUAUGCGUAAAUAGUAAAUGUACACAUGUAACUGAAAAAAAUAUUUGAUGCAAAUUCUACAAUGUUUUGAAUGCUUUAUAAUUAGAGCAAUUACAUUUUGUCAGUAAUUCCUAAAUUGUAGUAAAAGGUGAAACAUGGGUAACUUUGAGAAGUUGAUUCUCAUUUAAAAUAGAUAAAUAACAAUGGGUUUUGCAUAAUUCGAUCUGAAUACUGCUUGAUAUAGGUGAUAAUUUGAAUUAUGCAAACAUAAUGUAAUCGCCUCUGAACAUUAUUUUGAUAUUAUAGUCCAUAUUUACUUUACUUUGAAAAUCUGGAAAUCAUGUUACAACUGAAUGCACCCUUAACUGUGAAAAAUGCCCAGAGAUAUGUUUACUUAAAGUAUGGUUCAUGACUUGUACUUGAAUUUGAUUCAUACUAUGCUGAUAACGUAUGCUAUUAACAAUGUGAUGAGAGACUUUCCAUUAUGAAUAAAUUUUUGUAUAAAUUGCAAACAGUAA